GAAAACCGGCCUAGUCCCUCCUCUUCCUGGGCAGUGGCCGUUACUACUGCCACCGCUCUCUCUUGUGCAGAGGAGAGAGAGGCUCCCCCUCGCCGCCCUCGCGCCUCCGCCCACAGCUCACGCCGAGCGUCACCUUCUAUUCUCGGCUUCUCGCCGCACUUCCCCCACACGGCACCUGACCCACCCGGCGGUACAAAUACCCCCCGCCACCCCUCUCCGCUCCCCAAACAAACCCUAGCCCACUCGGAGGCGGCGGCGCUAGGGGUGGAGGGAGAGCUUGGCGGAGGCAGAGAGGGAGUGGCGCCGCUAGCUCGCUCGCUGGGUUUUGACCCCGUCGCGUGUCGAGCUGGGGAGGCGGCGCGAUGAGCAGUCUCGUGGAGCGGCUGCGCGUGCGGUCGGAUAGGCGGCCGCUGUACACGCUUGACGAGUCCGACGACGACCUCCCGCCGCGCGGCGGGGCCGGGAAGGGGAAGGAUCGGCAGGACGACGCACCUGCCGAGCGGAUCGAGCGCGAGGAUGCGAAAGAAGAAGCUUGCCAGCGAUGCGGAAAAAGUGAUAACCUUGUCUCUUGUUCAACAUGCACGUAUGCAUUUCACAGAAAAUGCUUGGUUCCUUGCUUAAACAUUGCAUCUGAUAAAUGGAGCUGCCCGGAAUGUGUAAGUCCAUUGACAGAGAUGGAGAAGAUUCUAGAUUGUGAAAUGCGGGAUGCCCCUCGCGAAGAUACUAGUUCCUCAGAGCCUGAACCAAAGAAGAUGAAGCAUUACCUUAUAAAGUGGAAAGGAUUAUCACACAUUCACUGCUCUUGGGUUUCAGAAAAAGAAUAUUUAGAAGCUGCCAAGAUACACCCUCGGUUGAAAACUAGAUUGAAUAACUUCCGUAAGCAAAUGGAUUCCGUGGAGAAAUCUGAUGAUGACUUUAUUGCAAUUAGACCGGAGUGGACAACUGUUGACAGGAUCCUUUCUAGCAGAAAAAGCUCCACUGGCGAGUGGGAGUACUAUGUGAAAUGGAAGGAACUUACAUAUGACGAAUGUACUUGGGAAAAUGAGUCUGACAUCUCCGCAUUCCAACCUCAGAUCGAACGCUUUAAUGAUAUCCAGUCCAGGCGUAAGAAAUCUGGUGGCAAGAGUGCCACUCGUGAGUCACGCCAUUUCAAGGAGAGCCCUACAUUUCCUUCUGGUGGCACACUACAUCCUUAUCAGCUUGAAGGUUUAAACUUCUUACGCUAUUCGUGGUAUCAUGACAAACGAGUAAUCCUUGGUGAUGAGAUGGGUCUCGGGAAAACGAUACAGAGUAUUGCUUUUCUGGCCUCCCUUUUUGAAGACAAGUGGGGUCCGCAUCUGGUUGUUGCCCCCCUCUCAACUCUACGAAAUUGGGAGCGUGAAUUUGCAACUUGGGCACCUCAAAUGAAUGUUGUAAUGUAUUUUGGAGCUGCUGCUUCUCGGGAAAUUAUUAGGAAGUAUGAGUUUUACUACCCCAAAGAUAAAUCAAAGAAGCUUAAGAAAAAGAAAUCAUCUCCAUCUAAUGAAGAAAAGAAGCAGUCAAGGAUAAAGUUUGAUGUCUUAUUGACAUCUUAUGAGAUGAUCAACAUGGACUCGGCUGUUCUAAAAAACAUAGAAUGGGAAUGCUUGGUUGUGGAUGAGGGGCAUCGGUUGAAAAACAAAGAUUCCAAGCUGUUUGGUCAACUUAAAGAAUAUAACACCAGACAUCGCGUGCUAUUAACAGGGACCCCGGUUCAGAAUAACCUUGAUGAGCUUUUCAUGCUUAUGCACUUCCUUGAGGGUGAAAGCUUUGGGAGUAUAGCUGAGCUCCAAGAAGAGUUCAAGGAUAUAAACCAAGACAAGCAAAUUGAGAAGCUUCACGGAAUGUUGAAGCCACAUCUUCUUCGAAGGUUCAAGAAAGAUGUUAUGAAAGAGCUUCCUCCAAAAAAGGAAUUGAUUUUACGAGUUGAACUGACGCGCAAACAAAAGGAGUACUAUAAGGCGAUUCUCACCAAGAAUUAUGAAGUGUUAGCCCGUCGUAAUGGUGGACAAAUAUCUUUAAUAAACGUUGUAAUGGAGCUGCGCAAACUCUGUUGCCAUGGAUUCAUGACAGAUGAACCUGAUUCUGAACCUGCCAAUCCAGAAGAAGGUCUAAGGAGGCUUUUAGAUUCGUCAGGUAAGAUGCAGCUUCUGGACAAGAUGAUGGUGAAACUGAAAGAGCAGGGCCAUAGGGUUCUAAUUUAUUCACAGUUCCAGCAUAUGUUGGACUUACUGGAGGAUUAUUUAAGUUACAGGAAAUGGAGCUAUGAGCGUAUUGAUGGCAAGAUAGGUGGUGCUGAAAGGCAGAUACGAAUAGACCGCUUCAAUGCUAAGACUUCAACUAGGUUUUGCUUUCUUCUUUCUACCAGAGCUGGUGGUCUGGGAAUAAAUUUGGCAACUGCAGAUACUGUAAUUAUCUACGACAGCGAUUGGAAUCCUCACGCGGAUUUGCAAGCUAUGGCACGAGCUCAUCGCUUAGGACAGACUAGCAAGGUCAUGAUAUAUAGGCUUGUUAGCCGAGGUACAAUUGAGGAGCGAAUGAUGCAGCUUACAAAGAAAAAGAUGAUAUUGGAGCACUUAGUUGUUGGUCGACUCACAAAAGCUAAUAAUGUCAAUCAGGAGGAGCUAGAUGAUAUUAUACGCUAUGGAUCAAAGGAGCUUUUUGAGGAUGAGAAUGAUGAAUCUCGCCAAAUUCAUUAUGAUGACGCUGCAAUUGAGAAGUUGUUAGAUCGUAACCAAGUUGAUGAUGAAGAAUCUGUGGAAGAUGAUGAAGAUGAUGAAUUCUUAAAAGGAUUCAAGGUUGCGAACUUUGAAUAUAUUGAUGAGGCAAAGGCUCUGGCAGAAAAGGAGGAGGCACGGAGAAAGGCUGCAGCUGAAGCUGCAAACUCUGAAAGAGCAAACUAUUGGGACGAACUAUUGAAGCAUAGAUCCGAUGUACAGAAAGUGGAAGAACACACCGCUAUGGGAAAAGGGAAAAGAAGCCGCAAACAGAUGGCUGCUGCUGAUGAGGAUGACAUUCAUGACUUAAGCUCAGAGGAUGAGGAUUACUCGUUUGAGGACGAUGUGUCAGAUAAUGACACAAAUUUGCAAGGAAAUGUUUCUGGGAGGAGGGGCCAAUAUAAGAGAAAAUCACGUAAUGUUGAUUUGAUUCCAUUGAUGGAGGGUGAAGGACGUACCUUGAGAGUUCUUGGAUUCAACAAUGCUCAACGUUCAUUGUUCCUACAGACACUCAAUAGAUACGGUUUUCAGAACUAUGACUGGAAAGAGUAUCUUCAUCGUCUGAAAGGAAAAAGUGUUGAGGAAAUUCAGAGAUAUGCUGAACUUGUCAUGGCCCAUCUUGUUGAGGACAUUAAUGAUUCAGACUAUUUUUCAGGUGAGUUGAGCUUAGUGCUGCCUACUACUCCAUCUAUAUUCUUAUCGUCUAUAUGCAUGAAUGCAGAUGGUGUUCCAAAGGAAGGGAUGCGUGUCGAUGAUGUUUUGGUCAGGAUAGCAAACAUAUCCCUUAUUGAGGAGAAGGUGGCUGCCAUGGGACAAGGAAAAAAUACAAACCUCUUUCCUAAUUACUUACUCUAUGAGUUCCAAGGCUUAUCUGGUGGAAGAAUAUGGAAAACGGAACAUGAUUUACUGUUACUGAAAGGGAUACUAAAGCAUGGAUACGCAAGGUGGCAGUAUAUAUCAGAUGACAGAAAUAAUGGGCUUUUUGAGGCUGCACGACGAGAGCUGAAUCUCCCUUCCAUUAAUGAAAUAAUGGGUGCUCAGUUAAGCAAUGUGGAAAAUGGAAAUCUGGAAGGCGCACAGGAAGGUCAGGUGAAUGCAGCAGGUGCCCAUUACAAGGAAGUCCAGAGAAAGAUAGUUGAGUUCUUGAGAAAGAGAUACCAUAUCCUGGAGAGAUGCUUGGAUCUGGAAUAUGCUGUGAUAAAGUCAAAUACUCCUGUUCCUGAUGAUAUUGCCGAACAAGGUAUUCCAGCUGGACAUGCUCCAGCUGUUCGAGAUAUCAAUGAAUUAUUGGUGGAAUUGCAAGAACUGCAAAAUCUUGAGCCAAUUUCUACCAAUGAAGUGACUCCUGAUGGCACCGGCGGUCAGUCACAAGUUCCCCAUCUUUACAAUAAGAUGUGUGGCUUGCUUGAAGACAGCAGUGCUUCUGCGCUCAAUUCGUUCUUUGGUGUCAAGUCCGCAUCUUCCAGUUUGGCGAAUAGCCUUCAUCAGUUUGAAACUUUGUGCGAGGGUGUCGUUCAGGCCCUGCAACCCCAACAGAAUGGCACUGCUAGUGCCAUCAAAGAGGAAGCGGUAGAUGCCAACUCCAAAGAAGCUGCUGCACCUCCGCAAGAUCCAGGCCCUGAGGCAGGGAAUGGCGAGUCUUCAAGUGCCAAGCCAGACAUGAUGGAAAUCGACGGUUGACGUGUAAGGUUGCAGAGUGAUUGGAAAGGGAACUCCCGUUAAUUUACUUUUUACUGGUGAUCAGGAUCUACCAUAUAUUGUAGCAUCAAAGUAAACCUUAUGCUGGUUACUUCUAAUGCUUACCGACGAACCGUUCUGCUAAAUACUAUCUGGUUAAAAGAAAAAAAAAAUCUAUCCGGUUUCGUUUUCC